AUGGCUGCCGAAUCAGAACCGCUGCCUGCGCUGCAAGGAGCUGCCUUGCCGCCCCCGUUGGACCUCUCGCAUCACUUCUCCCAUGUGACCAAAAAGCGCGAGGCGAGCUCCAUCAAAGGCCUGUACAAGUAUUUCCAGAUUCCGGGCAUCCGCAACUUGGCUGGAGGCCUUCCGCACUUCUCAUACUUUCCCUAUGACACGCUCGAAGCCGCAGUUGCACACCCGCAUCGCUUCGAACCGACGCCCAUCGCUCCAGUCGAUCCCUCGGACAACGUCGAGCCGGCUGCGGACCAUGUGAAAGUGCCCAAGGAGAGCAAGACGAAAAACGUUCAGCGAGAGAUCGACCUGCUCACCGCGUUGCAGUAUGGCACCGCAGAGGGUUAUCCGCCGCUGCUCUCUUUCGUCCGCCAAUUCACCCGCGAGCAUCUCCAUCCGAAUGUGCCAUAUGCCAAUGGGCCGGAAGUCAUCUUGACAUGCGGCUCCACCGACGGAUUCUCCAAAGUCAUCGAGACGUUCAGCAACAUAUGGAUCGAGGGGCGCGAUUGGAUUCAUGAGAGAGAGGGCAUCCUCUGUGAGCAAUUUGCGUACAUGAUGGCCAUCCAGACCGUGAAACCGCGGGGCCUCAAUGUAGUGCCAGUGGCGAUCGAUGAACAGGGGAUGACGGCGUCCGGGCCAGGUGGGUUGGCGGACGUGCUGGAAAAUUGGGAUUAUAGCAGAGGACGACGGCCGCACCUGAUGUACACUGUAACGACGGGUCAAAAUCCGACGGGGACGACCAUGUCUGUGGAGCGUCGCAAGGAGAUAUAUGCGCUUUGCAAAAAGUAUGACAUUAUCAUCAUCGAAGAUGAGCCAUACUGGAAUCUCCAGUAUCCUUCCGCCUGUCGUUUAGCCGCGCAGUACCGCGGGGAAUCAGUGCCGGAUCUAUUCACACGUAAUUAUAACUUGCAUGGACGGUCCUCUGGAUACAAGUUUCUGGACUCCCUCGUUCCGUCCUAUCUGUCAAUCGACACCGACGGGCGUGUUGUGCGUCUGGAUACAUUCUCCAAGACUAUUGCGCCAGGCUGUCGUCUGGGAUGGGUCACUGCACAGCCUGCCAUUAUCGAGAGAAUCCUGCGGAUCACUGAGUCAACGACCCAGCAGCCGUCUGGUUUUGUCCAGGCGCUGGUCGCAGAAGUCCUCCUUGGCCAGGCAAAGCAGGGCACGUCCCAUGAAAACAGUUCCAGCAGCGAUGCUGGCUGGCAGAUGGACGGCUGGGUCCGGUGGCUUGAAGGCCUGCGUGGAGAAUAUGAGCGCCGCAUGAGAGACAUGUGCCUCAUCCUCGAAGAGGGCAAGUAUGUUAUUGUCGAUCGGGCGUCCGCUGCACAGCGAGGCACAGAUGAGGAAUUAAGCGAGUGGGAAGUGAUCAACAAAGUGCCCAUGUACGACUUUGUCUGGCCGAUGGCUGGCAUGUUUGUGUGGAUCAAGAUCCGUGUUGACACUCACCCGCUGCUGUUGAGGUACGGGCCAGAGAAGGUCUGCACCGCCCUGUGGCAUUUCCUGAUGAAGAAACCAUUCUUGUCCCUGGUGUCGCCGGGGCUGAUUUUCGCUCCCACGCAGGAGGUCUACGAGACUGCGUACCAGUACUUCCGGCUGUGCUUUGCGCCCAUGGAAACGGACCAGGUGGCUGACACUGCUCGGCAUCUUGUUGCUGGAUUCCGGGCGUUUUGGCAGCUGAAGGAUUUCGACGACAUCAAAGAACUCGAGCAACCUCUUCCGGAUAUCGCAAGCCUGUCUCUUUAG